AUGCGUCGCUUCUUGCAGCUUCUGCUGCUCGCUGUCCUGCUGGCUGUCGCUUGUGCCGUCCCCGCCGAGACGAACAAUGCAGCUGCAGACCAGGACUCAGCCGCAAGUAAAUCCUCCUCCUUCCAAGAGCUUCUCUCCUCCUUCGAUCCCGAUUCCCUCCACGAAGCUCUCCAUGUCUGGUCCGCCAAGUUCCGCCAUGGCAUCUUCCCGAGCUACGCUAACGCCGUUGAAGCCCUUCACGACGAGGACGCCUCGCUGGCGGACCGUGUCUUGAAGAUGGCCAGACGUCAGGACGCUGGGGGCAAUUCCAGCGUCACUGCUACUGCCCCGUCCACCACCACCGUCACCUCCACGGCUGAGACGACGGUCUCGACCGAGGCCAGUGAGACCAAGCCGACCGAGACUACCACCAGCACUACCAGUACUAGCACCAGCUCUACCAGCACCAGCUCUACCAGCACCAGCUCUACCAGCAGUAGCACUACCAGCACUUCAAGCACCACCAGCACCACUAGCACCAGUACUACCAGCACCAGCUCUACGUCUACGACGUCGGUUCCACACACCACCUCUGCAACCACUACAUCCGAGAGCACGACGUCGACGUCGACCAGCACGGCGCCCUCCACCUUCACCACGUCGACCAGCUCGACCAGCUCGACCACGUCGGAGGCGACGACCACCACCUCGUCCACCUCGCAGCGUACUACCCCGUACACCUCGACGUACAAGAGCACGACGACCCUCGCCAACGGCAGUGUCAGCACCGUCACGGCCGUGACUGUCGUCUACCCGACCGUCUCCACGACCACGACGGCCACCGGCACGCAGGCCUCACCCGGUCUGCAGACGGGCAACGCCGCCGCCGCCAACUCGGCGGGCCUCACCAAGGAGAUUUUCGCCAUGGUGGGCGGCGCUUUCGCCGUCGCCAUGGUUUUGUAA